AUGGGUGGUGGCGGAGCUAAACCUCUCAAUGUCUUCCGUCUGGGAAGUUCCCUGGCGGAUGAACCCAGAGAAGUUCUAAACUGGAGACUUUGGUUUGCUGUUGUCUCCUUUGGUGUCAUGGGAGCCGCUAGAGGCGUAGACGAAGGGUUGAUCAGCGGCACGUUUAAUACGGAUGACUUCCAGCACCUUCUGGGAUUCGACAAACUUGACAAAGAUGAAUAUGCAAAUAUCAAGGGCAACGUCUCCGCAAUGGUUCAGAUUGGAAGCGUGGGUGGUGCCCUACUCGCCUUUGUUCUCGCCGACCGUAUCGGUCGUCUCUGGGCUACUCGACAACUGUGUAUUCUUUGGAUACUCGGAAUAGUCAUCUUCCUGACCAACAACGGCCGGUUGGGCCAGGUGUAUGCUGGCCGCUUCAUUGCUGGGCUCGGAAUUGGCCAGACCACUGUAAUUGCGCCUGUUUACCUUUCUGAAAUUUCACCCAAGGCAGUGCGAGGACUUUGCACUUGUGUCUUCUCGGGCUCCGUGUACAUUGGGAUCAUGCUCGCAUAUUUCUCGACUUGGGGAAGCAGCCUCCACAUCGAUCAAAAUAAGCCCAGCUCCUGGAUGGUGCCGACGUCCCUCCACCUCAUGUUUGCCACUCUCAUCUUCAUCCUAUCGUGGUUCAACAACGAAUCACCUCGGUUCCUGAUCAAGAAAGGCCAGAUAGACAAUGCAACAGUCAAUCUGGCCAAGAUCCGUGGCCUUGCCGCUGACGACGAAUACAUCACGGCUGAGAUCAACGGUAUCAAGCAUCAGUUGAACGAAGAGCAGGAAGCAACCAUGGGACAAGGCUUCUUGGGCAUUCUUCGAGAAAUGUUCUGCAUGCCCAACAACUUCUACCGGAUCUAUUUGGGUCUUGGGACCCAGUUGCUCGGUCAAUGGUCAGGCGCUCAAAGUAUCACCAUAUAUGCUCCGGAUAUGUUUGCCCUGCUCGGUACCAAAGGCGACAAUGAGAAGGUAACAUACUCGACAUGCAGUGGGGUGGUAAAAUUCGUCGCCGCGAUUUUCUGUGCGUUGUUUCUGGUCGAUGCCAUCGGACGAAAGAGAUCCUUGUCCAUUGGCAUCGCUCUCCAGGCAAUUUCCAUGUGCUACAUUGCGGCCUUCUUGACCGCUGUACCCAAUAUCGACAAUGACACUGUCUUUACGGCUCCUCAGAAGCAUGCUUCCACAGGCGGGAUUGUCAUGAUAUACAUUUCGGGUGUCGGUUGGGCGCUGGGCUGGAAUAGCAUCCAGUACCUCCUGAACUCUGAGAUCUAUCCUCUCAGAAUCCGUGCCGUCAGCAGCUCACUCGUAAUGUGUUUCCAUUUCGUCAACCAGUACGGGAACUCACGCGCAGUGCCUAAUAUGCUCUUAAACCUCAGUCCCAAGGGAACCUUCUGGUUCUUCACCGCGAUCACAAUCCUCGGUGGGCUAUGGGCAUGGUUCUUCAUUCCCGAGACAAGCGGGCGUAGUCUCGAGGGCAUGGACGCCUUGUUCCGCCUUCCUUGGUACAAGAUCGGGAGAUAUGGACAACGUGAAGCUGAUGUGAGUGAUCAAUUGACGAGAGAGAGGGUGUUGGAGGAGAAGGCGGCCCUGGGGGGAAUUGCUGCGCAGGUAGAAGUGGUUCAGCAAGAGAAGGUAUAA